CAACCCUUAAGUGAUGCGGAGCAGUUCUCGAAUUCUUGCUUCCCACGGAUUAACUUACACUUGUUGAUGGACGUUUCGAAGGAGCGCGGUGGACAAUGUCUCUAUGGAGAUAUCUUUCCAGCGACUCGAAUCGUUACUGUGAACAUACUUCGCUAAAUAAUGAAUUUAAUUUGAAGAUUCAUUGAUUUUUAUGAAUGUACGGAAUAUAUUUUUCGACUAUGAUUUUCGGAAUGCGUUGAAUUAUAUGAUAUUGGGUGUCUGCAUCUGAAUAUAGAAAUAAGAGAAAAAAUGUAUUUUUGAUUAAUUUUCUUCUGAUUUUCUAUUCAUCGACAACUGAAUAACUUUUGCAAAACACCGGGAGCUUUGAUAAAGUAUUCUACUUCAAGAUGGAACGUAAUAUACCAGACGUAAGGAAUAUUUUUGGAAAAUGUACAGUGGAACCAACUUCUAAACCUAAGCCAGAGCUGAGGUCUUAUGAUUACUCUCCACGUAGCCGCCGACGCUUUGAAGACUUUGAAAACUUCGAUGUCCGUCCUACAACGACACACAACACAAAUGCCAAUGAAACGAAAUCAAAUGUUUCUAACAGCAACAGGAGAAACAGUAGACAUCGGUCAACUCUUUCAGAUGAUCUCAUUGAACCAACGAAACACAGCAAGAAAGGAGAUGAUGCUGGUAAAAAAAGUUCCAAAGGCAAAGAUGCUUCCCAUUAUUCAAACAGAACUCUUACAGAACGUGAUAUUCGUCACUUGGAACGCACUUUAUCCAUGAAGAAAACAAUUCGGAAGCAAAUCAGCCGUAAUUUAGCACAAGCUUUCGUGGAUGAUCCAGAUUCUGUUCUGAAAGAGUUCAAUGUUCCAAUGACGAAGACAGUAGCACCCAAAGUGGUUCCAGACAAUAUGUUUACUUUAACCAGAGCUAAAGUCUCGAAGUCGGAGCAGAAUGUACUGGAUCUUCUAAAAGACAACGAACCAGAUUCUGGCCACUGCAGUGCAGACAAUCCUAACAGUUCAGAUGACGAUACUCAAGAUCAGGUAAAUCAGCUCCAUAUUGUUAAGCCUAAAGAAAAGACUUUCGCGACCAGCAGGGUUGUUCCUGAAAAUCCUAUAAGACCCGAUCAACCAUGCAAAGAAGAAGGCAAGUUCUCAUUUUGGAAAAUGUUUUCGAAUAAGCACAAAGGAAAGCGAUGACUAACAUGUGAAUGUCUUUUUGUAGUUCAAAAAUAUUUUUUUAGCAUAUCUGUUAGCAUCAGUGGUGCUUAUAAAGAAGAAAUUACUAAACAUCUGCGUUAUCUGUGAUAAUUUAGUUUAAGGGUUUUUAGUGGGUGUGAUUUUACAUAUAAUUUAUUUUGAUUGUAUUUUGGUACUCUUGUAUGACAAGACUCAUUUUCCAUGGAUUGAAAUAAAUAAGCUUUUGUUUGAA